AUGGCGAAUACCCCACAUGGCGGUGUCCUCAAGGACCUUUUGGCUCGUGAUGCAGACAGGCACGCAGAGCUCUCCAGAGAAGCCGAUGGACUGCCGAGCAUCACAUUGACCGAGCGCCAACUAUGUGAUCUCGAACUCAUCAUGAACGGAGGCUUCAGUCCACUGGAAGGAUUCAUGAACCAGAAGGAUUACAUCAGUGUAGUUGAGACGUUGAGGCUCGCAGAUGGCGCGCUCUUCCCCAUGCCCAUCACCCUGGACGUAUCGCAGGAGGAUGUCGAUACGCUUUCCUUGGCGCCUAGCGCACGAAUCGCGCUUCGCGACCCGAGGGACGACGAGGCACUGGCUAUUCUGACUGUUGAAGACAUCUAUACCCCCGACAAAGUAAAGGAAGCUAUCAAGGUUCUUGGCGAUGACGACCCCGCGCAUCCUUCAGUGACCUACCUCCGCAACCGGGUUAAGGACUUCUACGUGGGCGGCAAGGUUGAAGCCAUUCAACUACCCACGUACUUUGAUUAUGUCGCUCUCCGAUACACCCCCGCAGAAUUGCGUGCACACUUCAAAAAGCUAGCAUGGCGCAAAGUUGUUGCCUUCCAGACCCGCAACCCGAUGCACAGGGCGCAUCGCGAACUCACCGUCCGCGCUGCUCGCCAAAGGCAAGCUAACGUCCUGAUCCACCCCGUCGUCGGCCUUACAAAGCCCGGCGAUGUCGACCACUAUACCCGCGUCCGUGUCUACGAGGCGAUCAUGAAAAAGUACCCUAACGGCAUGGGGCACCUGGCGCUCCUGCCAUUGGCUAUGCGUAUGGCUGGUCCUCGUGAAGCUGUUUGGCACGCGAUCAUCCGCAAGAACUACGGCGCUACCCAUUUCAUCGUCGGCCGCGACCACGCUGGCCCAGGCAAGAACUCCGCCGGCCGGGAUUUCUACGGCCCAUACGAUGCGCAGGACCUUGUGACUAAAUAUCACGACGAGCUGCAAAUCGAGAUGGUUCCGUUCCAGCAGAUGACGUAUUUGCCUUCGACCGACGAGUACCAGCCUGUUGACGAAGUCCCGAAGGGUGUACAGACACUUGACAUCUCUGGAACCGAACUCCGCAGGCGACUACGGACAGGCGCUCCCAUCCCCGAAUGGUUCAGCUAUGAAGAAGUCGUUCAGACUCUUCGUGCAAGCUAUCCUCCGCGGAACAAGCAGGGUUUUGUCCUCUUGCUCACUGGGCUCUUCAACUCGGGCAAAGACACCAUCGCGCGUGCAUUGCAGGUAGUGCUCAACCAGCAGGGAGGUCGCUCUGUGUCGCUGCUCCUCGGUGAAACCGUGCGGCAAGAAUUAUCUUCCGAGCUCGGUUUCUCGAGGGAGGACAGGUACACGAACCUGAAUCGCAUCGCCUGGGUCUCCGCUGAGCUCGCACGUGCGGGUGCAGCCGUCAUCGCAGCGCCCACCGCCCCACAUGAAAAGGGACGUGUCGCUGCUCGCGAAGUCGUCACCCACAACGGCGGUGCUGGCGGCAACUUCUUCCUCAUCCACGUCGCAACUCCCCUGGAGCACUGCGAGAAAACUGAUCGCAAGGGGGUAUACGCUAAGGCGCGAAAAGGGGAGAUCAUUCACUUUGCCGGAGUGGACGACGAGUACGAGACACCCGAGAAGGCGGACCUGACUGUGGAUACGACUACCCAAACCAUACCGGAAAUCGUGCACAGUAUCAUAUUAUUGUUGGAGACAAACAGCUUAUUGUAGACUAUCCGUGUCGUUUGUACCUAGGGAAUGCAUCACAUUUAUUUUCC